AUGAAAGCCCUGGUAUCUAAGAGAUACAACAUUAAUGUGAGUGUUAGGCAGUGUAGGAAUGCAAAAACGUUAGCAUUGUUUGAAGUUGAGGGAAGUUUGAAAGAACAUUAUGCCAAAUUGUGGGAUUAUACAGCUGAAAUCAAAAGGGCUAAUCCAGGUUCACAUGUUGAGGUGUUCUUGGAGCCACAACCUGAUAAUACUGUGGUGUUUGAUAGGUUUUAUGUUAGCUUUAAAGGUGUUGUAGAUGGGUGGUUAGAUGGAUGCAGAAAGGUAAUUAGGGUUGAUGGUUGCUUUCUUAAGGGUGUUUGUAGAGAGGAGCUCCUAUCAGCAGUGGGUAGAGAUGCUAAUAAUAACAUUUAUCCCUUAGCUUGGGCAGUAGUCAAUGUUGAGAAUAAAAGGACAUGGAAAUGGUUUUUGGACAACCUGAUGGAAGACAUUGGAGGGGGGGAAUGGUCAUGGCAUUACAAUCCUCUCAGAUGGCCACAAGCAAUGAAUGAGAUUAAGUCCUUGGAAAGUAGGGUUUAUGACUAUCUCAUAGAAAAGGAUCCAAGGUUUUGGUCAAAGGCUUUUUUUAGAGAGGGUAUGGAUUGUGAUGCAGUAGAGAAUCGAGUUUAUGAAAGUUUCAAUUCUGUUGUACUUAAUGCUAGAAGGAAACCAUUGAUAACAAUGUUGGAGGACAUAAGAUGUUGGGCAAUGCAGAGGUUAUGGAUGGAGAAGCAAAAUGGUUUGAGUUGGGAUUUGGACAUAUGCCCAAGUAUCAGAAGGGAAAUAGAGGAUUUGGAAGAAUUGCAAAGUGGCUACAAAGAAUUUGAAGUGUUCUCACGAAAUGAGAGGUAUGCUAUUGAUCUGAAUCAGAGGGCAUGUGGAUGCAAAAGCUGGCAACUCGCAGGCAUUCCAUGUGUACAUGCCAUAUCGGCAAUUUCAUCAUUGAACCUAGAUGUGGAGGCUUUUGUAUCCAACCCAUAUACUAAAGCCUCUUUCCUUAGUAGCUAUGAGUAUAACAUCCAUCCACUCAAUGACAGUUCUGAGUGGCCACAUGUUGAAGGACUUCAUACUACUUUGCCUCCAUUAAAGAGGAGGUUACAUGGCAGGCCAUGUGUCAAAAGGAAAAGAGAUCAGGCAGAAAGAGAGCUAAGUUGGCACACAAGGCAUACUGUGUUAAGGGCAGACAUUCCUCUAAGAUGUACCAUUUGCCACCAAACUGGCCACAAAAAAGCCACAUGCCCAAGUAAGCCAACUCCAACUCCAACCACAGGAUGUCCAAGUCAUUUAACUCCAGAUUCAAGCACGGUAGGGCCAAGUCAUGUGAAGAAGGCUCCUGUUAAGAAGGUUCCUGUGAAGAAGGCUCCUGUGAAGAAGGGUCCUAUGAAGAGAUGUCCUAUGAAGAAGGUUUCAUUGAAUGAUGUUGGUAGGGUGAGAAAGUUUUCAAAAAGAAUCACAUAA